AUGACUUUUGAAGGCUCCAAGCCUUUGAGAGCUGCCAAGGGCACCAAGCCCCUGGCACUUGGUAGGGGACACACCAAAUGUUCCCCUGGCAUAAUAGAUGUUGAAGAGAAUGUACUGUUGACCAUGAAAUUGGAGCUCAGUGAAAGGAAGGGAGAUGCAAGCCUCAAACUCACUGGUGGGCAAAUUGAAAAGACUCUAGUAUUGGAAGGAGAAGAUGGAACUGGGGGUAGCCACAGCAAACCAUUGGCCUUAAUAGAUAAUGGAGAGAAUGCUGUGUUAACCAGGAAAGUAAGAAAGAAAGCAAGAAAGCAAGUAAGAGAAACCCAAUUAGCAUCCCUAUACAAAGAUGAUCAGAGAUCAGCUAAGGAAGGGGGAGACACAAGCCUUGAACUCACCAGCAGGAAAAGUGAAGGAGUCUUCUCUCAGACAGACAAGGCAGAGCUGGGGGUAGCCACAGAAAACCAUUGGCCUUAA